AUGUCGACCAGCCCCGACUCGGUUGGCCUACCGGACCAGGCAAGUCUCAAGACGAGCCUCAGCACAAGCCGUUCCCGGAAGUCCAUCGCGGCCAGUCUCCGCCACAAGACAUCGCGACUCUUUGGCCGCAAUGCUACCAACAUCGCCACAACGGACAACACCCCCGUGCCCAUCCAGCCCGAGCCGCUAAAAGGCAAACACGGUUGGUUCCACUCGGUCGGUUCUCGCUUUCACCGCCAUGACCACGCCGCUCCCGAGUCGUCGGAGAGUUCUCAGGGGAUUCAAGUGGAGAUGGAAGAGACCCUUCAGACGAGCAACCCGCCUACUUCUUCCGAGACCACCACGCCUCCCCAGCGAGGGUUCCAAUACCGGGAGCUGGAGUUCAUUCCGGUCGGGUGUCCAAAGAGCUGUUCGGGGUGA